GAAGCAACUCUUGAGUGAAACAAACCUUUAUAUACUCCAACAGAAGUCACAACUAUCGUGAUCUGUGAAUUGUUUUUGUUAUUUAUAAAGUGAGAUUGCUGUCAAUUGUAAUUAAUAACCAUGGGAAUCGACACAUUUUUUGGUGUUGUGAAUUUCUGUGUAGUUUACAACAGCAUGCAAUAACAAAUACUAACAAUGAGCUAAACUAAACAAAUUACAAAGUAGUGAUAAUGAUUCGUCAUCUUGUCAAUCUUCCCCGUGCACUAUCAACACAGUCUGUACAAUUCUUGGAGCAUACUUCGAUGGAAUCUCAUCUUUUCCGGUGCAACAAAAGAAUCAGAGAUUUAUGUAAACUUGGUAAAGUUGAUGAUGCGCGUAACUUGUUCGACAAAAUGUCUCAAAGAGAUUCUGUGAGUUGGGACACUAUGAUUUCUGGGUAUUCCCAAAACAACCGAAUUAUGGACGCCCAGAUUCUUUUUGAUGCGUUUGGUGGAAAAAAUGUGAGAACUUGGACUGCAAUGUUAACUGGGUAUGCUAAAGUUGGUCAACUUGAGGAGGCUUGGAGUUUGUUUGAUUCUAUGCCGGAAAAAAAUGUCAUUUCUUGGAAUGCUUUAAUUACUGGGUGUUUGCAGAAUAGAUGUUUGGUCUAUGCUAAGAAGUUGUUUGAUGUCAUGCCUCAAAGAGAUAUUGUUUCCUGGAAUACUAUGAUUACUGGGUAUUGUCAUGCUGGUAUGAUGAAGGAAGCAAUGGUGCUUUUUGAGCAAAUGCUGGAGAAGAAUCCGGUUUCUUGGACGGUUAUGAUAUCUGGGUAUGUUGAGAUUGGUAGUUUUGUGGAAGCUUGGAAUGUAUUUGGGAGGAUGCACCAAAGUGGUUUGAUGCCCGACCAGCCCAUGUUUGUUGUUGCAUUAUUAGCUGUAAUAGGUGUGGAAGCUUUGGAUUUAGUCGAUAGUUUGCGUAGCCUUGUGAUAAAAACUGGGUAUGAGAAGGAUGUUGUUAUUGGUACUGCAACUUUGAAUGCCUAUGCAAGAAGUGGGAGGUUGGACAUUGCAAAUGACUUUUUCAAUAAGAUGCCACAAAGAAAUGAGUACUCGUGGAGUACGAUGAUUGCUGCAUUUUCGCAGGGUGGAAGAUUGGAUGAUGCAAUUGCAGUUUACAAGAGGAUUCUUGAGCCAACCAUCUCUUCACAAACAGCCAUGGUGACUGCAUAUGCUCAGAAUGGAAGAAUUGUGGAUGCCAAAGGAUUGUUUAGAGAGAUUCAGAAUCCUGAUAUAAUUACUUGGAAUGCUAUGAUUGCUGGGUUUUCCCAAAAUGGAAUGAUUGAUGAGGCAAAAGAUGCUUUUGAGCACAUGCCAAGAAGAAAUUUAGCUUCUUGGGCAGCGAUGAUUUCUGGACUGGCACAAAAUGAACGAUGUGAAGAAGCUCUUUAUAUGUUCAGUGAGCUCCAUAGUCUAGGAGACUUUCCUACUCAUUAUUGUUUCACUAGCUGUAUCUUUGCCAGUGCUAGCUUAGGAGCUUUUGAGACAGGGAAACAAAUACAUGCCCUGGCUGUUAAAAGGCGCUGCCAGCAUAAUCCCUUUGUUUCAAAUGCAUUGAUCUCUAUGUAUUCGAAGUGCAAGAACAUAGAAGAUGUUUCUCAAGUAUUUGGUACAAUGGGAAUAAAGGACACCGUGGCCUGGAAUUCCUUAAUAACCGGGCUUUCAAAUAAUUAUAUGCUGGAAAAGGCUCGUGAGAUCUUUGAGAAAAUGCCUGAACGUGAUGUUGUGUCUUGGACUGCUAUAAUAUCAGCUUAUGUCCAAGCUGGCGAUUUUGGUACAGCUCUGCAUCUGUUUAGUGACAUGUUGGCUAGAGGGUCGAGACCUAACGAGUUAACGAUUACUAGUAUUCUAAGUGCUUGUGGGAGUGCUGGUGCCAUUAAGCUUGGGGAACAGAUUCAUGGAUUGCUCAACAAGCUUGGAUUUAAAUCAUGUUUAUUUGUUAAUAAUGCUUUAAUAACAAUGUACUUCAAAUUUGGAAGUGAGGGUGGAUUUUCUGUUUUUGAGGACAUGGCCGAGAGAGAUUUAGUUACAUGGAAUGCAGUUUUGGCAGGUUGUGCACACAAUGGACUGGGUAAAGAAGCCAUAGAAAUUUUCAGAAGGAUGGAAGUUGAAGGGGUUUUGCCAGAUCAAAUAAGUUUUCUGGGUAUAUUAUGUGCCUGUAGCCGUGCUGGGUUAUUGGAAGAAGGAAGGGCCUAUUUGAAUUCCAUGUGCAAAGAUUUCGGGAUCAAGCCAUUAGUAUACCAUUAUACUUGUAUGGUUGAUCUUCUUGGGCGGGCUGGUCAACUCUCUGAAGCCGAGGCAUUAGUUGAAAGCAUGCCGGUAGAACCUGAUUCUGUAAUUUGGGAGGCCCUUCUUGGUGCUUGUAGGAUCCAUAACAAUAUUGAGAUUGCUGAGAGAGUUGCUAAAAGGCUCUUCCGGAUGAAUGCUCUAGAAUCAGGGACAUAUGUGUUGUUAUCUAAUUUAUAUGCUUCUCACUCUAGGUGGGACAAAGUAGAAGGAAUAAGAGAGCGGAUGAAAGUCCAGGGAAUGCGUAAAGAACCAGCAACCAGCUGGAUUCACAUCAAGAACAAGCUUUAUACCUUUCAUACAGAUGAUAAGGGGCAUGAUUUUGUCGAAGAUAUUCACAAACUCUUAGAAGAAUAUUAUGGACGUUUGAAGUUGUCAGGGUAUGUGCCUAAAACAGAAUUCGUUCUUCAUGAUGUGGAGGAGGAGCAAAAGCAUAAUCAACUUCUUUACCACAGUGAGAAACUUGCUCUUGCCUUCGGUAUUAUGAACACACCCAAUGGAUCACCAAUUCUGAUUCUAAAGAACCUGCGUAUUUGUGGUGAUUGUCACACUUUUAUGAAGUUCAUGUCCAAUGUUACUCAAAGAAAGAUUGUUAUUCGAGAUAGAAAGAGAUUCCAUCAUUUUCAAGAUGGUGCAUGUAGUUGUGGUGAAUAUUGGUGAGACCGUCAUAAUAGCUUGAUAGUAUCAAUAUACAGCAACUUCUAGAAAUCUGAUGCAUCAAAUUCCAUCAGUAUUGAAAUUUGAAGGUAACUUUUUCACUCCAAGUUUCUCAUUCUCAAUCACUGUUCAUAUAAUUAUAUUUCUGGGUUUUUGCUUCUAAUUGAGAUAUAGUUGAAUGCUUUCACAUUGUUGUUUAGGCGAAUGGGAUGAGUCUUAAAUGU